CCCGCGUCUUACGCCUCCCCGAUCCUCGGGCAGCUUCUGCCUGGAGGGCGGCUGCGACUCGGACCGCGGACUGGAGGGCUGGGCCGUGGUACAGGUGACCGACAUGCAGCGGCACGCGGACCGGUGGCUCUAUCCGCACGCCGCAAUCUCCAGCCGGUGCUGGCCCGGGCAGCUCGACUCCUCCCAUCCGCGCAUGCGGGAGCAGUGCGGACUGGACCUGGAUUCCCCCUGGGAGCACUUCGCCCGGGAGCCAGACCCCUACUUCGGUAGCAAGUCUUGGGGGCCUUGCAUGUCUUCGUAG